GCAGCGAGCGCAAACCACGGGUUCUCUCUCUCUCCAUCUCCCUCCUCUGCAAACAUAAACCACAGGUUCUCUCUCUCUCCAUCUCCCUCCUCUGCAAACAUGCCUAUCACCUCCAUCCAGGCCUCCCUUUCUCUCUCUACAAUCCUCCCUUCACUUUCUCUCUCCUACUCUCUCUCUCCCUUCCUUUCUUCGCGCCUCUCCUUCAAACCGUCCCUCCACCUCUCCUCUCUUUCUCUCUCAUCAAAUCCUUCCUUCUCUCCUCUCAAAAUCUCUGCAUCUGCUGCUACUUCAUCCUCCGCGCCCCCUCCCCUCGCUAACCCUAACCCUAAAAAGGUCCUUAUUGUGAACACAAACAGUGGCGGCCAUGCAGUUAUUGGCUUUUACUUGGCAAGAGACCUCGCUCUCUCAGGCCAUGAGGUCACAAUUUUCACUGUAGGUGAAGAAUCAUCAGAUAAAAUGAAGAAACCCCCGUUUUCCAUGUUCUCUUAUGCGUCUCUCUUCUUGAUAUUAAAUAUAUCCUAUAUGUUUUCUAAAUCGAACUAUAAACCUAGGCCUGUGGCAGACUGGGCAAAAGCUAACAGUGCACAACAGUUCCUGUAUAUUAGCAGUGCAGGAAUUUAUAAGACAAGCGAUGAGCCUCCGCAUGUUGAAGGGGAUCUUGUUAAAGAGGAUGCAAGUCAUGUAGGAGUGGAAAAGUACAUAGCUGGUCUUUCUUUUAAAAGCUCGGCUGUAUUCCGCCCACAGUACAUGAUAGGAUCUGGAAACAACAAAGAUUGUGAGGAAUGGUUUUUUGAUCGCAUUGUUCGAGACAGGCCUGUUCCAAUCCCUGGAUCAGGACUCCAACUAACAAAUAUAUCACAUGUUCGGGAUUUAUCAAGCAUGCUAGCUUUGGCGGUUGAGAACCCUUCUAAGGCAAAUGGCCAGAUUUUCAACUGUGUAAGUGAUCGGGCAGUGACCUUUGAUGGGUUGGCCAAGCUUUGUUCUCAGGCAGCUGGGCGCCCUGUCAAUAUUGUUCAUUAUGAUCCAAAGGCUGUCGGGAUUGAUGCAAAGAAAGCAUUCCCUUUUCGCAACAUGCACUUUUAUGCAGAGCCGAGGGCCACCAAGGAGAUAUUGGGGUGGCAGAGCACCACCAACCUUGGUGAAGAUUUGAAGGAGAGGUUUGAGGAGUAUGUGAAGAUUGGUAGAGACACCAAGUCUAUGCAGUUUGAAAUUGAUGACAAGAUAUUAGAGUCCCUCAAAGUGCCCGUAGCUGUUUGAAUCAAGUUUAAGGGACAUUAAAUAUCUUGUAUUUAUAUUAAUUUCUUGUAAUGUGUUUAUCUCUCUCUCUAUACGCACGUGUGCACUCACACAAAUUCAUCAUCAUGGAGAGAGAAGUGAGGGGGGGAAGCCUGGUUUUAGAGUUUCACUAGAGAGAGAGAAUCUCUUCUUACACGCGUGUGCACACACAAAUUCGCCAUCAUAGAGAUUAGAGAGCGGGGGGUUUAAAGUCUCAUGAGAGAGAGAGAGUUAAUAGUUUAACUGUGGUGUGACAUCUUGUACAAGAGACCAAGUAAGCCAAUGGUGAUGAAUAAAGUUGAGUGAAACCAGGUUAAUUUCAA